UUCCUCUCAGCACGAAUGAGCAGCAAAACAGCAGAUAGAAGCUGUCCACUGGCUGGGAAAGUAGCUGUGGUUACUGGGUCCACAAAUGGGAUCGGCUUCGCCAUCGCCCGGCGUCUGGCCCAGGAUGGGGCCCACGUGGUGGUCAGCAGCCGGAAGCAGCAGAACGUGGACCAGGCACUGGCAGCACUGCAGGGGGAGGGGCUGAGCGUGUCUGGCACCGUGUGCCACGUGGGGAAGGCUGAGGACCGAGACUGGUUGGUGGCCAUGGCCCUGAGACAUUCUGGGAAUGUUGACUUCCUGGUGUGCGUGGCAGGAGUCAAUCCCUACGUGGGAAGUACCUUGGGGAGCAGUGAGGAGGUCUGGGACAAGAUCUUGAAUGUCAAUGUGAAGGCCCCAGCCCUGCUGCUGAGCCAGCUGCUGCCCCACAUGGAGAACAGGGGGGGAAGCUCUGUGGUUCUGGUCUCCUCAAUUGGGGCAUACGUACCAGAAGCUAGGCUAGGGGCCUACAAUGUCAGUAAAGCAGCCAUUCUGGGACUCACCAAGACCCUGUCAUUGGAGCUGGGACCAAAGGAUAUCCGGGUGAACUGCCUAGUUCCAGGAACAAUUGACACAGCCUUCAGCAAAGUGCUGUUUGAGGAUCCAAACUUUUGGAACCAUAUGAAGGGACGCCAUGGAAUACAGAGAGUAGGUCAGCCUGAGGACUGUUCAGGGCUGGUGUCCUUCCUCUGCUCUCCAGAUGCCAGCUACAUCACCGGUGAGAGCAUUGUGGUGGCCGGCUUCUCACCCCGCCUCUGAAGGACAUGAGCUCUGUCAUAGAAGCGCCAUGUGGCUCUGGGGCCACCAUAUUGAGACACCUCUAAAAAUGAUGAGCCUGUGCUUCAAAUACACACUUUAAGUUCAACAUAAUCAGAGUAUGAAACAAUAAAGAACGUCAGA